CUCACCCCGGCCCAGCAGGCCGAGAUCCGAGAGGUGCUGCGCUCCCGCCAGCAGCUGUUCUCCGACAAGCCUGGUCUCACCAACCUGGCUGUUCACCGGGUGGGGACAGGCUCUCACCCCCUGGUGCACUGCUCCCCAUUCCGGGUCACGGGGAAAACAGGCCAGGACCUGGAGAGAGAGGCAGCGCACACGGGCGGGGCGCCGGAGGAGGAGUGCGUCCUCGUGGAGUACGAGUUCGAGUACGUAGCGAAGGACGGGACGCUCGUCUCCAUCAAGCCCAACGAGCGCUACGUCCUGCUGAGACGGACUAACAGUCACUGGUGGCACGUGAGAAAGAGCAGGGACGCCCGGCCCUUCUACAUCCCAGCGAAGUACGUGAAGGAGCUGCCCCCCGUCACCCGCCCUCCCCCCGGCUUGGAGCUGCCUCCCGAGGCCCCCGGACAGCUGGGCUCCAGGGACGCUGCGGAGAGACUCGUCCUGACGCGCAGCGGGCGGGCGGAUUCCUGGUCUCGGGGCAGCACAGCCUUGGGGCACACUGGGACCAGGCACGUGCAGGAGAGCCUGGCUGGCACCCCCGGCCCCGGCGCCGCGCACAAAGCUGCCCUGUCUCCUCAGCCGCCAACUCCGGAGACGGACUAUCCGGACCUGUCCCCCGAGGAGCUGGACGGUUACCCGGAGGAGGACUACUCCCCGGUGGGCUCCUACGAGCAUGGCGCCUACUCCCACCUGAGCCCCGAGCCGGGCUGGUACAGCCACAACAGCCUCGAGGGCCAGGCCUUCUACCUCGACCGCUACGCCUCGGACACGGUCUCUGUGCCAGGCAGCCACCGGCGAACCAGCAGCGGGUCCAGCCAGGACAGCAGCCCCUUCACCAGCUGGCAAAGCAGCUUGCCGGCUGUCCUGCUCCAGAAAGAGGAGAAGGAAGAACUGGACCUCGUCCUGGACCGUCCUGGAGGGCGGCAUCUUGACCUUUUCGCCCCGCCUCCCCGAGAGCAAAGGGCUGCACCAGCACCUAGCCACACUCUGCACGUCUCCCCGUGUGCCCCGGUGUCUCCUCGGGAAGGGGAGCAGGGUCCUGCCAGCGCCUGGGCUAUAAUGUCCCCCCGUUCCUCCCCCAGGAAGAACUGGACCUCGUCCUGGACCGUCCUGGAGGGCGGCAUCUUGACCUUUUUCAAGGAGUCGAAGCAUUUAUCCUCCGGCAGCUUGAAACACCCCUCCAUGCUGACCACGCCUGAGCACACGGUGGAUCUGCGGGGCGCCGUCGUGUCCUGGGCCCCCAAAGAGAAAUCCAGCAAGAAGAACGUUCUGGAGCUGAAGACUCGCGACGGCUCCGAGUUCCUGAUCCAGCACGACUCGGAGCCCAUCGUGGCCACGUGGCAGAAAGCGAUCGCCGACAGCAUCGGCCAGCUGACCACAGACUUGCCUCCCCACGAGGAGAACGGGAACGCUGCGGAGUCUGGAGCCAAGGGCCGGCUGGGAAGCUACAAGGAGAAAGAGGAGGAGAAGAGGGGCCCAGCCCCCGGCUCGGCGCCCGGCAGCCUGGGCCCGGAGAACGACACCAGCAAAGUGCGGAACCGGCUGGGCUCCUCCCUGCUCUCAGGGCUGGACAUCGAUGGGCUCUAUCGAAUAAGCGGGAAUCUGGCCACGAUCCAGAAGCUGCGCUACAAGGUGGAUCACGCCGUGCUCGUGCAGGGAACGGCGGCGUGUGCACGUUUAGCCGUGCGACAGCGCAGGCCCGCCCUCCGAGGAGCGCCAGCCUGCCGCUGGCUCCCCAGCGUGGCAUCCCUGGCACGCUCCUGCCGAGUGCACCUUGGGCAAGCCCAGCCCCCUGUGCUGCAGCCCAGGGCCCCAGGCCCAGCCCUCCCGGGGGAGUGUGACCUGUUUUUCCCUCUGGCUGCAGAAAUACACGACCAGGUGAAGCGCAGCAAGUGCAUCUGUGACCUGGUGUGGGCGCUCCCCGAGGCCAACCACGACACCAUGCGGCUUCUCUUCCAGCACCUCUGCCGGCUCGUGGAGCACAAGGAGCAGAACCGCAUGUCGGUGCAGAGCGUGGCCAUUGUGUUCGGGCCCACGCUCCUGCGGCCAGAGCGCGACGAGGGGAACAUGGCCAUGCACAUGGUCUUCCAGAACCAGAUCGUGGAGCUCAUCUUGAACCAGACCAGCUACAUCUUCCCAGGCAGCUAAGCCUGGGCGCCGGAGCCGACGGUGACGGACCGUGCUGCUGCC